AUGGACGGAAUACGCCACAGCAACCAGAGCCUGAACGGCAUAAACGUCCACUUGGCGGAGUCCGGCCCCACCGAUGGCGCCGUGAUCCUCUUCUUCCUCCACGGGUUCCCCGAGCUCUGGUACAGCUGGCGGCGCCAGAUGGCCGCCGUGGCUUCCCUCGGUUACCGCGCCGUGGCGCCUGACCUGAGAGGCUACGGCGACACCGAUGCCCCCGAGGAUCCGGGGAGCUACACGGUCCUCCAUGUCGUCGGCGACCUCGUGGCGCUGAUCGAGGCGGUGGCGCCGUCGCAGGGGACGGUUUUUGUGGUGGGGCACGGCUGGGGAGCUGCAAUGGCUUGCCAUUUGUGCUUGAUGAGGCCCGACAAGGUGAAGGCGGCGGUCAACUUGAGCGUCCCGUUUGGUCACCGGUGCUCUAAUCGGAGACCUAUGCCGUCGUUGAAGGCGUACUAUGGAGAGGAUUACUACUCGUGCAGGUUUCAGGUCAGUAGUAGUACACUUUGUAAUAAAAUUUUGCAAAAUACUUGA